UAUAAAUAGAGAGCCAUAAAUCAUCAAAAUGCCACACACUAAAUCAUCGAAUUGAAGUACAAACUUACACAUUAAAGCUUCUUGUUUCUAGCUACCUUAUUAGCUUCUCCGGCCGGCAGCCUUGUGUAUACAAAGCAUGGAAAUCAGUGGAAAGAUCUACGCUAGAGUCCGGUUAGCCACCCGAUCCGACAUAACCCAUAUUGACAAGCUUUUUUAUCAAAUCCAUCAAUACCACGAGUUGACUCACCUCUACAAAGUGAGUGAGGAAUCCUUGUCCAACAUGCUCUUCGGAUCAAACCCAAACCCUCCUUUCUACUCCCCAACCAUUCUCCUCCUUGAGGUCUCCUCAUCCGAGUUCCCUACUCCUACACCCGAUAGUUCGGGUUUCGAGCCCAUCGUCAAGUCGUUGGACCUGAAAGCCCCCGUUUUCGAUAAUGAAUGGGAGCAGUUCAGGUCCAACGUUAACGACCACGAGGCUUAUAUAGCUGGGUACGCCUUCUUCUUCCCCAACUACUCCUGCUUCUACGACCGGCCCGGGAUUUUCUUCGAGAGCCUCUACUUUCGAGCGAGCUACCGAAAGUUAGGGUUCGGGCGGCUUCUCUUUUCCACCGUGGCUACCAAUGCUGCCACCAAGGGGUUCUCGUCUGUGGAGGGGAUCGUGGCGGUUUGGAACAAGAAAUCGUAUGACUUCUAUGUCGGCAUGGGCGUCGAGAUCAUGGACGAGUUCCGGUACGGGAAGCUCACGGGAGAUGCUCUUCAGGCGUAUGCUAAGGAGAGUGCUUGAUAUAAUUGCAUAUCCUUAGAAACUAUUCCGUGGAAUAACAAGUGAAAUAGUUUUUUUUUAUAAGGUUUUCUGUUUGGUUUGAUUGUCGCUUUAGUCAAAUAAAUUAUUCCCUCCAUCUAAAAAAAAUGUAGUCAAGUUUGGCUAGCAUGUAAAAUACUCUAUAAAAUAAAAAUUGCAUGGUUAAAAUUUGUGUGGAAGAGAAAACAAAAU